AGCAAUUGAAACAGUGCUGGCCCGCUCCACCGCCUGGCUCUCGCACCUCUCUCUCUCUGUCUCUCUCCCUCUCUCUCCGAAUGGUAGUUGAAUCGGCGAACGCAGCGAGAAACGGAAGUCCACAAUCAAUGGAUGCACCAUCGCAGCCGGCCCGAGUAUCCGACGCCGCCUCCGAGGUUUCAUCCUCCGGCGGCCUCUCAUCAUCCGCCGCCGAUCCGUCCAGUUCUUUGACCAGAGACCUUUUAAUUCAGGCUCAGGCAGAUCAUAGGAGUGAGGAGUACCGGCAACUGUUUCGUCUUCCACCUGAGGAAGUCCUUGUUCAAGAUUUCAAUUGUGCACUGCAAGAGAGUUUUCUUCUGCAGGGUCACAUGUACGUGUUUGGCCAUUUCAUUUGCUUUUACUCUAAUCUCUUUGGAUUUGAGACAAAGAAAGUAAUCCAUUUUCAUGAAGUCACAGCUGUAAGAAGAGCAAAGGCGGCGGGAAUAUUCCCAACUGCCAUAGAAAUUAUGGCUGGAGGGAAGAAGGUUUACUUUUUUACAUCUUUCCUAUCCCGUGAUGAAGCUUUUAAGCUCAUUGAAGAUGGUUGGUUGCAAAUUGGUAAUAGGGCUAAUGCAGUCUCAGAUUUGCAGGCAGAUUUGACUACCGAAGAGUAUGCAGAUAUUGCAACUGAAAAUGGGAAGAGCUUUAAACACACAGCAGAUGAUUCUGAUUCCAGUGAAAGGACUAAGGACAUUCCUUCACUGGAAGAUUCUAAACCUUCACAGGAAGCUGAAGAUGGUAUUGUAACAUUGUCAGGGGUGCAAGAUACUGUCAAAGACAGUGCAGAAGCUUCUGACUCAUCAUCUUCUGGAAAAGUACCAGCAUGGGUUGAAGAGAAUUCCGAUGCUCCUAAAGUACCUGACUACUUCACGAAGGUGGCAGAAUCAAAGUUUCCGAUUAAGGUAGAGGAUUUUUUUAAUCUCUUUUUUUCAGACAAUGCUGUUGAUUUUGUUGAAUCCUUUCGUAGAAAAUGUGGAGACAAAGAUUUCAAAUGCAGCUUAUGGUAUCAGCAUGAUAGAUUUGGUCAUGCUCGUGAUGUGACAUUCCAGCAUCCAAUUAAAAUCUAUCUUGGAGCAAAAUUUGGCAGCUGCCAGGAGGUUCAGAAAUUUCGAGUUUAUAGAAACAGUAAUUUGGUUGUUGAAACAUCUCAAGAAGUUAGUGAUGUACCUUAUGGAGAUUACUUCAAAGUUGAGGGCCGUUGGGAUGUUCAGAGAGAUGGUGAUGACUCAAAAGAUGGCUGCAUGUUGAGGGUAUAUAUUAAUGUGGCAUUUUCCAAGAACACCAUGUGGAAAGGGAAGAUAGUGCAGAAUACAGUUGAAGAAUGUCGAGAUGCUUAUGCAGUUUGGAUUAAAACCGCACAUGAAUUGUUGAAGCAAAAGAAUCUUGAAAAACAAGUAGGCCCAUCAGAUGAUUUGAGGAUUGUUCAAGUUGGUGAAGCAAGGCAGGCUAAAAUUGUGGAACCUUUGGGAGGUUCAAUGGCAGCGAGUGACUUAAGGGUGUCAGAGACAUUGCCAAAUUCUAGUGAAGCUAGUGGACUAGUUAGUGAUCCCCCUAUGGAAGAGAACUCAAGUGGUGUCAUUUCACUUGCAUCCUCAUUUAGAGAUUAUAUGGCGAAUUUCUAUUCAUCACUGAAAUCUCAAAGCCAAGUUCCACUACUUAUAGUGAUCGCCUUUGCUGUGAUUCUCCUUUUGAUGCAGCUGAGCAUAGUCGUCCUACUAGCUAGACCACAAAAAAUCCAAUUAAUUUCUCAAGCAGAUUACAUGGGCACGGUAUACAGUUCAAGUGAAAGAGUGCCCGGAAUGAUGGAUUUUCUGGAGAAGCGGAUUCAUCAUCUCAAGGAUGAGAUGGUCACGAUAGAGAAGCUGCUUCAAAAGAUGCAGCAGGAGCAUGCAUUCUUGAAUGCACAAUUGAAAGAUCUAGAGCACUUCAGAAGGCAGAGGAGUUGAUACCUAAUUGUACAUGCAAAUCUUCCCUGCUUGGAAAAAAGAUGAAGUAUGUAAUCAUUCAUUUGAUUUUGGGGUGAACAUAUGCUUUUGCUUUUGCAAGUUUCUUGUGUUUUUUAGGUUUUGCAACCUUACUUUCUACGUUUCUUAGUUCAAUUGUAAAUCUGAAGAUUACAUACCAAUAAAAGGCUGCAUAUUGGUUGCGGAUGUAAA